GCGGUCGAGCGGCCAAUGAGGCGUCUAGCUAUUUAUAUGUCUAUGGGUAUGUUAUGUUUGUGUAAAGUAUGUUUUGCGACCGUUAGCUUCAUGUUUGAAUGAGCGUUAUAACGCUGCAUGUUUGGCGUUCCCUUGAAGAUCUGUCAUCAUGAGUGACAGUGACGAUGAUGUGCCUCAGCUCUCCGACGCGACGCUCGCAGCGCUGCAUGAGUUUUACGCCGAGAGUGGAAGGACGGCACUGGAACAAAACUCCGUCAAGACCGAUCAGUUCGGUGCUGUAGAAGAAGACUGGCGCAUGAGUCAGUUCUGGUACAGUGAAGAAACCGCUGUACGGUUAGCAGAGGAAGUCAUGCAGCAGGCCGGAGAACAUGGGAGGAUAGCUUGUAUAAGUGCACCAAGUGUGUAUCAGAAGCUGAAACAGAUGGACUCCACGAGGUCAGACAGUGUGUCUGCUGUUUUGCUGGAGUUUGACCGACGCUUCGCAGCAUAUGGAGAUGAGUUUGUCUUUUAUGAUUACAACAACCCUCUGUGUCUGCCUGAAGAUCUGCUUCCUCAGAGCUUUGACAUCGUCAUCGCAGACCCUCCGUAUCUGUCAGAAGAGUGUCUGAGCAAGGUGGCACUCACCGUUAAAUACCUUACUAAGGGCAAAAUCCUGCUCUGCACAGGAGCUAUUAUGGAGAAACUUGCUGGGAAACUUAUGGAUUUGAAGAUGUGUAGUUUUUUACCAAAACACAAUCACAAUCUGGCCAAUGAGUUCCGCUGCUUUGUUAACUAUGAAUCAAGUCUUCUCUCAUGAAAAAGGCUUUCAAUCUGACAACAUUUGAACAGUAUUUUCCUAUCAGACAUCAGCAGAUGAUUAUUUCAAAGGAUAAAUGCUCUAACUCCAAGAGGUGCAUAGCAGGAUCCAGAUAAUACAGCGGAGGAUUUGGCCCUUCAUCAGAGAUCUGUGAUCAGGCUUUGAUUAUACUUUGGCUGACUUGCAUUGUCAAUUGCACACCCAGCUUUCCGGCACAAAAUCGAAGCAAACAAUCUCAUAACGUUUUACUUUGUUUCAGUGCAUAAAAUGGGCUUGAAGUGAAUGUUUGAAAUGCAUUUGUAUAUAAAGAACUAUACACUAUAGAAUUGUGCAAUAUCAGUGUUCUUGUUGUUUUAAUAAAGUAAUAAUAGGAGGACUGACCCAAAAUCAUGCUAAAUAUGUCUUCUUGUAAAUGAUAUCAUUGUUUGCCUUUAACAGAACCAUUUCUAGUGAUUUUCUGUACUCUUGAAUACAUCUGAACAGUGUUUGGUUAUCUAACACCAUGAUGGCUCUCUCAAAGUACUUUGGACUAGAAAAUGUUUGUAUUUUGGCACAGAAAGUUUUCCUUUAGCUUGGCACUGCAGACUAGAAUCUGCAGCUGUGACAGCAAGUUCUGUCAAGUUUUUCCUUUCACCAACUAAAAG